AUGGGGAUUCCUGUGAAUUCAGAAAAUGUUAAUGAUGAAACUGAAGGUGAUGUUGCAGGUAAAGAGGUUUAUUAUUUAUGUGGGAAUUCUUUAGGUUUGAUGCCAAAGGAUACUAAGGAAACUGUCACUAGAGAACUUGAUGCUUGGCGAGAUAGGGCUGUGGAAUCCCAUUUUAAACACCCUACUGACACUUCUUGGGUGGAUAUCGAUUUACCAGUAGUUCCAUUGUUAGCUCCUAUUGUCGGUGGUAAAAAUGAAGAAGUUGCAGUAAUGAACACUUUGACUGCUAAUUUAAAUUCCCUUUUAGUUUCAUUUUAUAGACCAACAAAGAAGAGGUUUAAAAUUGUCUUCGAGAAGAAGGCAUUCCCAUCAGAUUAUUAUGCAUUUUAUAACCAAUGUAGAUUGCAUAAUUUUGAUCCAAAUGAAUGUAUUUUACAAAUUUCUGCAAGACCCAAUGAGACGUUUUUAAGAACUGAAGACAUUUUAAAAGUAAUUGAAGAAAAUAACGAAUCUAUUGCAUUGGUCUGUUUACCAGGGAUUCAGUAUUAUUCGGGACAACUGUUUGAAAUUGAAAGAAUCACUAAAUUUGCCCAUCAAUAUCCUGAAAUCAUAGUUGGAUGGGAUCUUGCCCAUGCAGUUGGGAAUGUACCAUUGAAAUUGCACGAUUGGGGGGUUGACUUUGCCUGUUGGUGUUCAUAUAAAUAUUUAAAUUCAGGACCUGGUAGUAUCGGUGGGUUGUUCAUUCAUGAAAAAUGGCAUCACUCUGCCCUUAAAUUCGGUGAUGAUGUCAAUCAUGAUGAAUAUAGACCAAGGUUAGCAGGUUGGUGGGGGAAUAAUAAUGAGAAAAGGUUUCAAAUGUUAGAGAAAUUCGAACCUAUCAAGGGAGCAUUAGGUUUUAGACAAUCCAAUCCUAGUGUACUAGACGUCGUCUGCUUACAAAGUUCAUUGAAGAUAUUUCAAAAAUAUGGAGGUGUUGAGAACUUAAGAUUAAAAUCAUUGAAACUAACAAAGUACCUAAUCAAUCAACUGCAAAAAUCUCCGUAUUAUCAUCCGAAGAAACAAUCCAGCAAAGAAGAAUUAGGAUUCAGAAUUAUUACACCAAUUCAAAACGAAUCACAGUACGGCGCACAGAUUUCCAUCCAAUUGACUCCAUCAAGACUUACAGGUAAAAACAAAGAUACAAUGGAGAUAGUAUUUGAAUACAUGCACCGCCAUGGAGUUGUAGUAGAUGAGAGGAAACCCAACGUUAUUCGUAUCUCUCCUGUGCCAUUAUACAAUACAUUUCAAGAUGUGUUUACCACUGUCGCGAUUUUAAAUAGUGCUCUAGACAGUGUCAAGAAAAGCAUAAAAGCGUUAAAAUCCAAUUAA